UAUCUUGCGUGAGCGCCGGCGAAACGGAGCAGAAUUUGUGACACUGACCGCUGACCGGGCAGAAAACGUCAAGUUCAGUGACUCUUUCAGAUUCUAUUCUCGCCAAGGAAAUUAUAUUUAAUGAUGAUAUUAUAUCAUCGCUGAAGAUUGAUUGUCAAAUAGUCAUAUUGCCAAUCAAAAGGUUGUGCGUAGAAAACGGACUCCGAAAUAUAAGAAGGGAACGAAGCGGAACAAGGGCCAUCAUGAGCAAUCGAGCGUACACAACCACAACGCAACGCAACAUUCGUAGAAGAAUCUGGAUUCUGGAUUGAGUGGACUCGCCAAUUUCGAUAUUGAGGCUGUACACUGUCUUCUACUGUUUAUUAUUAGUUACUACUACAACAAUUGUGAUAAUAUUGGCAAACUCUUGACUAUAGCUUUAUUUACCAAAGUUUCUUCCUGAAAAAAAAACAAAUAUUUUUCAUCAAAAUGUCUCACACAAUCCUACUUGUCCAACCUGCAAACAGACCAGAAACAAGGACAUACUCUGAUUAUGAAAGUGUGAAUGAGUGUAUGGAAGGAGUUUGCAAAAUCUACGAAGAAUAUUUGAAGAGGGAAAAUCCAAACACACCAACCAUCACCUAUGACAUCAAACAACUCUUUGAUUUCCUUGACGACCUGACUGACUUGUCUUGCUUAGUAUACCAAAAGUCUACCAACACCUAUGCACCCUACAACAAAAACUGGAUCAAGGACAAAAUACACGUGCUGCUUCGUAGGGCUGCUGAACUCGAAUGAGGACUUAACAAAAUCUAUUCCUAUAGGUUCCAUUUUUUAAUUAAGUAAAGUACCUAUCUAUAAGAAUUUCUUACCAUUAUUUUCUCAUGGAUGUAAAAAUAUACAAAUAAGAACUAUUAGUGAUGAUUUGACAUUUCACGGUCUAUUAAUAACGCAUAUUCAGAACGCAAUUAAAUUAAGUGAGAAGAAAAAAGAAAAUGACAAAAAAAAAAAAUACUAGAACGCGCGGAAUGUGACUGUGAAUGAAAGUAGAUGGUAUUAAUAAAUUCAAUUUUUUGCCAAGA